GCCCGCCGCUGCCGCCUGGGCGCCGAGCCUUGGGGCGCCCGGGCCGGGGGGAGGCCGGAGCUGGAGGCCGGCGGGAAAUGGGGGAGAAAUGGACCAUAACCAACUCGUUAAUGUCAUGUCAGACCAAUGCUAGGAAGAAAAAGCCACUGGAGAGGUUUGAAGGCGACAGGGGCUGCUGUGCUCUCUAGGGUGAUCAGCACCCGCCUGGAGGAGGUGACUUCUGAGCACAGACCUGAAUGAGGACAGGACACUGCCUUGUGCUGUCAGGAAGAAGAUUCCAGCCAAAGGGACCAAGCUGCGGUGUAACAGACAAAACAAGCGGGCCAGAGAGCUGGCUGCCUACGUAACAGCUACUACUAUGAUGCCCACUAGGCCUUUCAUCCAUGAGUAGGUUAAUCCAUUUAUAAGAGCAGAGUCCCAAGGCUCAGUCACUCCUCAAAGGAUAGAUGUGGAUUCCCAGUUGACCCCCUGGCUGUGCUCCCCCUAGUCCACAAAAUGGGAUUGUGAAGCAGACACUCCUGCAGAAUUUUCACACUAGAUGAUGGAUGACGACAGGCUCUCGGACCUCCAGCCUAUGGAAUUUCAUAAUGCCUGCUUGGGAGCCAGUCCACAGCAUCACCCUGGAGCAUACCUGAGGGAGCCCGGCCACAGCUCAGGCAAGGAACACAACUGGACCUUUGAGCCUCCUGAACCCUCCAGGCCUGACACUCCUCCCAGGGGCUCUGGUCAGGAGCCUGCUCACUUGGGGAGCUGCUCUUCCCAGGGGGACCUCAGGCCGGCAGCAGCUUGGCCAGAGGCACAGGGGAAUCGCUGUUCCCCGGGGAGCCCAUCGCAGAACCAGGGCUCAUCCACGCAGGUGGUGUUCUGGGCCGGCAUCCUGCAGGCCCAGAUGUGCGUCCUGGACUUAGAGGAAGAGCUGGAGAAGACAGAAGGACUCAGGAGCAGGCUGAGGUGCUGCCUGCCCACAUCUACUGCAGACCUCCCUGGUGACACAGGCUUGCGCCCCAGCACCACCCAGGAGGAGGAGGAGGAGGACUGUGGGGAAGACAGCAGUGGGCCCAAGGGGGAGAACCACGCCUGGCCCAGGGAAGACUCGCCAGGCUCCUCCCCGGAGUGGGGUCCCGAGGAGGAGAGCCUAUUCUUCGACAACCCCCUCUUCCUGGAGAGCCCUUGCUCGGACACCAGCGUUUCCAGGGAGUACUUUUCCUGGGGCUUCCCCAACUCCCAGGCAGACACAAGGCCUGGGCCUGACUGGUCACUUCCAGGCAACAGCAGGCUCUGGGAGCCAGAAAGUGAACUGGAUUUGGGGGACAGCACCGCUGGUUCCAGUGGCUGCGCUACCCCUCCAUUCCCUGUGCCUCCCUACAAAUCACACCCCUUCUGCUGGGCAUUGCUGGCCCCUGCCGAAGACAGUCAGGUACCACCUCCUGCUGAGGAAGAAGACAAGGCUCCUCUGGAAGAUGAGUGUGGCCCCGCAUCCCUUGCAGGACUCCGUGGGGACAAAACAUGGGCCAAGGAGACAGUGCGCCUGGAGUCGGACCGCAGCCCUGCCACACAUCCUGCGCCGCCGUGGGUCCUCACAAGCGCUGAGGGCUGGCAGACAGAAGAGACUCCUUCCUGGUCCCCAGACAGAGGUGAGAGGGAUGACGGGCGGCCCCAGGAAGCUGCUCCCCGCACCUUGGCUCCCAGCCCCUGUGGGAGCCCAGCGUCCUCGCCUGGCAGCCCUGUGUCUGAGGGCAGAGGCCCUGGCCCCAGGCCCACCACUGUGUCCUCCCAGGAGGGCAGCCCGCAGCCCCAGCGCCACAGCCCUGGCAUUGUCCCCAAGUGGCCGCUAGACGCUUCCCACCCUUCACUCCUGGAAACUGAUGGGCUACAUCCAACUUCCCUGAAGAAAGACGAGGCUGGGGAGGCCCCAGACGCAGGGCAGGAAGUAGAGUGUGAAGGCCCUGCUGGGACUACAGGGGCUGCAGGCGCCCAGCCCGACGUCCACUGGACUUGUGCAGAAGGGCCUGCUGAGAGCCCCAUGCCACAGGCGGGACCUCCUGAGGAAGACCAGAGGUCCCUUGCUGGAGACGAGCUGGCAAAUGGUGUCAGGAGUGACAAAGUGGCCUGGAACUUGGCCUCCCGACUCUAUCACCUAGACGGCUUCCGGAAGUCAGAAGUAGCCGCCUACCUGCAGAAGAACAAUGACUUCAGCAGAGCUGUGGCUGAGGAGUACUUGUCCUUCUUCCGGUUUGGAGGCCAGAGUCUGGACUGUGCCCUCCGGAGCUUCCUCCAGGCCCUGGUGCUCAGCGGGGAGACGCAGGAGCGGGAGCGAAUCCUCUACCAGUUCUCCAGACGCUUCUACCACUGCAACCCUGAGGCCUUCCCCUCAGUUGAUUCUGUACACACCUUGACCUGUGCUAUUAUGCUCCUUAACACAGACCUGCAUGGACAGAACAUCGGGAAGAGCAUGAGCUGCCAGGAAUUCAUCACCAACCUGAACGGCCUGCAGGACGGCGGAAACUUCCCCAAGGAGCUGCUGAAGGCCCUCUACUGGUCUAUCCGAAGUGAGAAGCUUGAGUGGGUUAUGGAUGAGGAAGAGGCAGUCCGACCUGAGAAGGCCCGGCCAUCUCCCCCGACUGGCAAGAUGAGUAAUCCUUUUCUCCAGCUGGCACAGGACCCCACGGUGCCCACCUACAAGCAGGGCAUCCUGGCACGGAAGAUGCACCAUGAUGCAGACGGCAAGAAGACGCCAUGGGGCAAACGUAGCUGGAAGAUGUUCCACACCUUACUGCGAGGGAUGGUUCUCUACUUCCUGAAGGGAGAGGACCACUGUGCGGAGGCGGAGAGUUUGGUCGGGCAGAUGGUGGAUGAGCCUAUUGGGGUGCACCACGCGCUGGCCACGCAGGCCACGCACUACACCAAGAAGCCGCACGUCUUCCAGCUGCGUACUGCAGACUGGCGCCUCUACCUCUUCCAAGCGCCGACAGCCAAGGAGAUGACUUCCUGGAUUGCGCGCAUUAACCUGGCGGCAGCCACGCACUCCGCGCCGCCCUUCCCCGCCGCCGUGGGUUCCCAGCGCAGAUUCGUGCGGCCCAUCCUCCCCAUUGGCCCGGCACAGAACUCCCUGGAGGAGCAGCAUCGGUCCCACGAGAACUGUCUGGAUGCAGCCUCGGACGACCUGCUGGAUCUGCAGAGGAACUUACCCGAGCGACGCGGGCGCAGCCGCGAACUGGAGGAGUACCGCCUGCGAAAGGAGUAUCUGGAGUACGAGAAAGCCCGCUACGAGACCUAUGUGCAGCUGCUGGUGGCGCGCCUGCACUGUGCCUCUGAGGACCUGGAUGUAUGGGAAGAGUGGCUGGGGAGGGAAGCUGAAGACACCUGGGAACCCAAACCCAGCCUGAAGAAGUCCCACUCGAGCCCCUCCCUGCACCAGGAUGAGGCCCCCACCACCGCCAAGGUGAAGCGCAAUAUCUCCGAGCGCCGAACCUACCGGAAGAUCAUCCCCAAGCGGAAUCGCAAUCAGCUGUGAAGCCGGCACCAACCCACAGAUGCCGGCCCUUCUCCGGAGGAGACUGAGUCACUGCCCUGCAGAGGUGCCACAUUCACUGGGUCCACCACGAGGCCUGGGCGCCUCCCUUCUCUGCUGAGGGGCAGCACUUGUUUCCCCGUGGCCCCAUUCAUUGCCCAGCUCCCUGGAGCUUCCCUCUUGCCACUGCCUGCCCACCACUGCUGUGGCAGUUGCUGCUGAGCCCGUCCCUGGCCACCCUGAAGGAAGAAUGAGGUAGAACGAGGACUAGACUCCGCUCCUAACAUUCAGCCCAUGUCACCCCCAUUCCUCAGAACCGGGGUGACUUCAUUUCUGGUGCUUACUUGAACCUGAAGGAGGGCCAGCCAGGAGAGCCCCUGCCCUGAGGAAAAUUAGGUAACCUGCCAGGAAGGCCCAGAGAACAGGGAAAACAGUGCAGAGACUGUUGAGAGAAGCCAACAGUGACCCAGGGAGCGGUGCCUUCCAGGCCCUGCCCACUAGGGGGCAGCCUUCUGGCAGGGACCUCAGCAAGCUUCUCUGCACCUUUGUCUUCCCUGGUUCCAUGAUUCUGCCAGAUGAGAGAACCUGGUGUUCAGUUGCUGAGGAUGGAGUGCAGCCAGGGCCUCUGGAGGUCGGUGCUGAACCGGGAGAGCCCAGAAAAGGGCCCCUUUGUUUCCCAGACGGAGAAGGUAGUUCUCCAGGUGUAGCCAGCUGGCAAGGGCAGAGAGUAAAAGGUGGGGACAGAUGCCUGAGGGUGUCUGCCCAGCCAGUGCUCUAGCUCAGAAGUGUGGGAUAGGAUGGCCAACGGGGACCAGAGCCUCGGCCGGGCAUGGGAAACCCUUCAUGUCCUUACAGCUGUGCUGCUGAGGGCACCAGGACACCUUCCUCCCCGAGUCACUUCCCUGAGGCUCUGCUGUCCUCCCCAGGGAGUCCCCUCAUCUUGUCCUCUGGCUGCCUCCCAGCUGGACCUGUUCUCCAGGGGAGGUUCUGAGACCAGGGACUUGGGGUGCUGCCUGUGGGAAGGAGGCUGGGCUGGAGGGAGCCACCGCCAUUGUUUCUGCUCAGCCAAGUGUACCGCUAGGCCGCCUGCCAAGUGGGCCCCUCUUCUGCCUGCCCGCUGCCCCAUGGCUGCCACGUGGCCUCUCCUGCUGUCCUGUGGGCCACCCUCCUCCCUCCCUCUGGACAAUGCUUGUCACGGCGCAGGGCUGGCCUUGGGAGCCUCAUGGCUGCCUCUGGCCAGGACUUGGACUGGGCCAUGCACCCAAUGGGUGUGCAAUAAAUACAGAUGAACAGAAUAGAAAGUGUGCACAAGUGCGUGGUGUGGGGGUGGGACGUAAGGCAGCUGGGCACACCUGUGUGGUGUGCACAUUUAUGCGCACGCAUGCGUGCAUGUGUAGAGUGCGUCACGUGUUCACCUGUAGUCACAGUUACAGGCUGUGGAACGUCCCUGUCAUUUCCUUAUAUACUCGUCCAUUGCACAGAUAGCCUCGAACACUUGAACACCAGUACCAGGCGUUCUGGAGGUGAAUUUAACACACCCCUGACUCUAGGAGUUGAUAAUCCACUUGCUGCUGUGCCCCAGCUCGCAGGACAGAGGUGCAGUUUGUCUUGCUGGGAAGACAAUUCUGUUUCCCACGCAGGGAUUCGGCCUCGGGAGGCCUGUUGGGCCAAAGGUUGUGUGUGUUUCAAGCCCCUUGAAUAACUGAGGUGUAAUAGCAGUGAACAGCCUCACGAGAGUCCAGUAAUCUCAUUUGAGGUGUAAAGUCAGCCUCGUGCCUUGGCCCAGGUUCGAUGCUCACAGGCUAAAUGGCCUUGAAUGGGUUCUUCGACCUUCUGGACAGUGUGUCCUGAUUUAUAACACCGGAAUAAAAGGUACAGUCUGUCCAAAUGUGUGUGACGCCUCGAUGCUCCUUCGCACAGGCGGAGUUGGCAUCUUCAUUUCAGUGGGGCGUACGAAACCUUCACAGCCAGGCGGUCCUUGCUGCCUGGCUUCACCCUGUCAGGGCUGCCAGGCACGUAGGCUAAGGGAGAACUGGGGAAGCGGGAGAGGCUCGCGGGCUUGCACUUACACGCUGUGACCACUGGAGGGCGGGCUUGCAUCUCCCUAGCUCCUGACUGCGCCGGUGUGUGGUUCCAUAGCUGAGCUCUCUGGGGGACUCGGGUCUGCAUCUUCAGGCUAGCACCUUAACCUACCGGAAUCUACCACUUGCCCAAAGUUGUCGUGGCCCCAGCUAGGGCUCCUACCACCGGCGGAAAGGCUUUCCCACUUAAAGGAAUGGAGCGCUGAUGUUUCCAGUGGAGGACCUCCACCAGAGACAAAGAAGUUUCUGCAGCCUGUGGGGAUAGCUAGGGGCUGCCCCCUUCCCACUCCACCCGUGUGCCCCUGGAAAGCAGGGCCCUGAUCCUGGGUAUGGAACAGAUGCGU